AUGAUAACAGCGAUAAGAACCUGUGACCAUCAUUAUUUUGAUGGUCAUUACUUUCUUGGGAUAAGAACCUGUGACCAUCAUUAUUUUGAUGAUCAUUACUUUCUUGGGGUAAGAACCUGUGACCAUCUUUAUUUUGAUGGUCAUUACUUUCUUGGGAUAAGAACCUGUGACCACCUUUAUUUUGAUGGUCAUUACUUUCUUGGGAUAAGAACCUGUGACCAUCAAUAUUUUGAUUAUCAUUACUUUCUUGGGGUAAGAACCUGUGACCAUCUUUAUUUUGAUGGUCAUUACUUUCUUGGGAUAAGAACCUGUGACCAUCAAUAUUUUGAUGAUCAUUACUUUCUUGGGGUAAGAACCUGUGACCAUCAAUAUUUUGAUGAUCAUUACUUUCUUGGGGUAAGAACCUGUGACCAUCUUUAUUUUGAUGGUCAUUACUUUCUUGGGAUAAGAACCUGUGACCAUCAAUAUUUUGAUGGUCAUUACUUCUUGGGAUAA